AAUUCACGUGGGUUGUUUUAUCGGAGGAGGACCUACGACCAUGGCACAGCUACUAAGCGGCACAGAGAUCGCAAAGGAAAUCAGACUUCAGUUGCAGCACUAUGUCCAGGAAGUGGUCAAAACCAGACCUGAGUUUAAGCCAGGUUUGGUUGUGGUACAGGUUGGUGACCGUGAGGACUCUAAUGUCUACAUCCGCAUGAAGGGGAAAGCUGCCAAUGAUGUAGGCUUGAAUUUUGAACAUGUGAAGCUACCAUCUUCAUCCACUCAAAGGGAGGUGUUAGAUGUUAUAGACAGGUUGAAUGAGGACCCAGAUGUGCAUGGGAUGAUUGUGCAGCUUCCCAUGGAGUCCAGUCACCCCAUUGAUGCCCAUGUGGUCACCAAUGCCAUCAACCCAGCUAAAGAUGUGGACGGGUUGACAAGUGUCAAUGCUGGUCGGCUUGCCAGACAGGACAUGGAGGGGUGCAUGCUACCCUGUACCCCUAGAGGAUGUUUAGAGCUUAUUCAGAGAACAGGUCUUCCAAUAGAGGGUAAGUCUGCUGUUGUGAUUGGCCGGAGUAAGAUUGUUGGGGCACCAAUGUCAGACUUGCUGCGAUCCCAGAAUGCAACAGUUACUAUGUGCCACUCCAGAACACAGAACCUGAAGAGUGUUGCUGCCACAGCAGACAUCUUGGUGGUGGCCAUUGGACGACCAGAAAUGGUUAAAGGUGAUUGGGUAAAACCCGGAGCUGUUGUCAUUGACUGUGGGAUUAAUUCUAUCCCAGAUGACACCAAGAAGAGUGGAAAGCGUCUGGUUGGUGACGUAGACUUUAAUGAAGUGAAGGAGGUAGCUGGCUGGCUUACUCCUGUCCCAGGAGGUGUAGGACCAAUGACAGUCGCUAUGCUGAUCAAAAAUACAGUAGAUGCAGCUAUUAAAGGGUUGGAAAAAGAGGAGGUAGGCCAGUGGAGGAUGGAGUUCCUACCCCUUGCACUGAAGACACCUGUUCCAAGUGACAUAGAUAUUGCCAAGUCUCAGCAACCUAAGAACAUAGCUAUCCUUGCCUCAGAAGUUGGACUUUUGAACAGUGAGGUUGAGCUGUAUGGAAAGAAGAAAGCCAAAGUUACUCUGGAUGCCCUGAAGAGACUCAAGGAUAGACCUAAUGGGAAAUAUGUUGUAGUAACUGGGAUAACCCCCACUCCCCUGGGGGAGGGCAAGAGUACCACCACUAUUGGUCUGUGUCAGGCUCUUGGUGCACACCUGAAGAAGAAUGUGUUUGCCUGUGUGAGGCAGCCAUCUCAGGGACCCACAUUUGGAAUCAAAGGUGGAGCGGCAGGUGGUGGAUAUUCUCAAGUUAUUCCAAUGGAGGAAUUCAACCUUCACUUGACUGGAGACAUCCACGCUAUAACUGCUGCUAACAACCUCUUGGCUGCGGCCAUAGAGGCCAGGAUGUUCCAUGAGUCCACACAGUCAGACGAGGCACUGUGGAAAAGACUGGUGCCUGCUAAAAAAGGGAAGAAAUCAUUUUGUCCCAUACAGCUAACAAGACUUCAAAAUCUAGGCAUAGCUAAGACCAACCCAGAUGAUCUGACUCCUGAGGAGAUCAAGAAGUUUGUCAGACUUGACAUAGAUCCCAGCACCAUUACUUGGCAGAGAGUCAUGGACACCAAUGACCGUUUCCUGCGUAAAAUCACCAUUGGUCAAGGACCCCUGGAGAAAGGACACACAAGAGAGACACAGUUUGACAUCUCAGUGGCCAGUGAAAUAAUGGCUGUACUGGCCUUGACCACUGGAUUGGCCGACAUGAGAGAGAGGCUGGGCAAAAUGGUGGUUGCCAGCGAUAAAGAGGGAAAUCCAGUCUCUGCAGAUGACUUGGGAGUUAGUGGUGCUCUGGCUGUACUUAUGAAAGAUGCCAUCAAGCCAACACUCAUGCAAACUCUGGAGGGCACUCCAGUUUUUGUCCAUGCUGGCCCCUUUGCCAACAUCGCUCAUGGUAACUCCUCCAUCUUGGCAGACAUGAUUGCACUGAAGUUGGUAGGGGAAGAUGGAUAUGCAGUGACAGAGGCAGGCUUUGGUGCUGACAUUGGGAUGGAGAAGUUUUUUGACAUAAAGUGUCGCUACUCUGGACUUGUUCCCAAUGCGGUUGUUCUGGUAGCCACGGUGCGAGCUUUGAAGAUGCACGGUGGGGGUCCCAAAGUGGUGGCAGGGGUGCCCUUGCCAUCAGAGUAUGUACAGGAGAAUACUGAACUGGUUGAAAAAGGUUGCUGCAACCUGAAGAAACAGAUUGAAAAUGCCAGGAAAUAUGGAGUGGCAGUUGUUGUCUGUAUCAAUGCUUUUGAUACAGACACAGACUCUGAACUGAAGACAGUUCAGAGUAUCGCAAGGGAGAGUGGAGCCUUUGACGCCAUUAUCAGCCGUCACUGGGCAGAGGGUGGGAAUGGCGCGGUCAGUCUGGCUGCUGCAGUAGAGAAAGCCUGCAAGGAAAGCAGCCAGUUCAAGUUCUUAUAUGACCUAGAGCUUCCUAUAGAACAGAAGAUAGAAACCAUUGCCAAGGAAAUUUAUGGAGCAGAUGGCAUUGAGCUCCUUCCUGAGGCACAGCAGAGAAUUGAACUAUUCAAAAAACAGGGAUUCAAUGACCUUCCAAUCUGCAUGGCUAAGACCCACUUGUCUCUGUCUCAUGACCCUAAUUUAAAGGGAACCCCCUCUGGUUUCACCCUUCCUAUAAGGGAUGCCAGGGCCAGUGUGGGGGCAGGGUUCAUAUACCCUCUGGUAGGACAGAUGAGCACUAUGCCAGGCUUGCCGACAAGACCAUGCUUCUAUGAAAUUGAUGUUGAUCCAGUAACUGAAGAAGUUCUUGGGUUGUCAUAAACUAACACUGAAGAACUGUAUUUAAAAGGACACAAAUCUUCCAGUGGGAGACUACAUAUUCUUCAUACUACUGAAGAAUUCAAUUUGAAAUUACAGAAAAUAUGUGGUAAUAAUGUGUAUAUGGGAAUUGAAAAAAAUUGUGUGUCAAACACGCAUACCACACAAAAAACAGCAAUAUAUAAUAUAUAUAAAAGAGUAUACUAGGUUUUGGAUAUGAACAUGUAUCUGAGUAUUUUCUUUAAAAAAGCUAUUCCACAUUCUACAUCAUUGGCGUAACAUGCUUGGGGUAACAUUUAAAUGUUAGAGGGUCUUCUCGCAAAUACUUAACUUGGUUUAUAUAUCUUUAUUGCCAAUUAAUGGUUAUUGUUUUUCAUCUAUUGUUUGUUUAAAAAAAUUAACUAAGUAACAUAUACAGAAGCAAGCAUGAGUAGUAAAUGUGUACUUGAUCUAAGAACAUGAAUUGAUGAUUCUUCAAUAACUGAACACAAAAAGUACUAAUGUAUGUAGGUGAAUUUAUAUUUGAAUCAUCUCGUAUUAUGCAUAGUACUUUUUAUGAAUGAUAUUGUAUCAUUUUAUAAAAAUUAUGAUGUCAAAUUUGUCUUUUGACAAGUGAAUGCAUUAUUGAUUAGUGAAAUCAAUUUAUUGAUAUGUGGUGUGAUUGUUGUCAGAAUGACAACACUGAAAGAUGAUGGAUUUUAAAAAUCUUAUCUUAUAUUUUAGCUUACCAAAGGUAAUCAAAUUAUUUGCUUCUUGUUACUAAAUUGAACAUAAAAUUCCAAUGUGUCAAGGGAUCAUAGCUCACAUAUGUACAACAUUUUGGAUAAAAU